AUGAAAAAUUAAUUACCAAAAAAGAGAAAAGCAAAGCCAGUCACCCAAGUGUCUGUAUAGGAAUCGACUGCAACCAGCGAUUCUGGGUACGAUAAGAGCAAAGUAGUUGUUAGUGGAAUGGUGAUAGACAUUGAAACUAUCACGAGUGAGGAGCUUUAUGCCCUCAGGAAGGUCCUUCCAAAAAAGGAUUACAGGCUAUUGAAAAACAGAAAGAGUGCUAGAAAGAGCAGAAGGAGAAGAAAGGAGGAGUUGCACUGUCUUAGGGAUGAGAUUCAGAGGCUCAAGGAGGAAAAUUAGAGGCUAAAGCAGCAGGUGCAUAAAGAUAACCAUGAAGAGGUCAAAAAUGAUAAAGCUAAAAUCUCAAAGCCGAAACCACUUGUCCAUCCUAUUAUUAAAGAGGAAAUUCAUGCCCAAGAAGACCCGAAAAAGCUCAUCACAGCUGCUCAAGGCUAGGCUGAGUCAUACUGCAACUAUGCUAAUCUUGUGAACGGAGUAACCUACAGCAGUGCAUUAAAGCCUAUUAACGAUUUCUUGAUGUUACCAACACUCCUCGCAGAUCAUCUCACAAGUCUUUCUUGGAACAAAUUACCUCCAAUUAGUUAAAUAUUUACAGGGAAUCAGUAAAAUUAACAGAAUAAUCCUCAACAUCAAGGCCCAAUCACUAUUGGCGGAAACUACAUCACUAUCCCCAAUAGCUAGCAACAUCACUAUUUAAUUAAGGGAAAUGAGCAUUACAUAAAGCCAGGGGAUCACUAGUAAAUGAUAGUCCCAUAAAUCCAGAUAAGAAACAGCACGGGACCAUAGGCCCAUAAUACAAUACUUAACCCUAAUUCGUAGGGGAGUAUACUAAAUCAGUAGAGAUUAAGAGAAAUCCCUUCCUUUCUUAAAAAAGAUGCAAGCUAUCAAACUUAGUAAUAAUAGUAAUCUAGUUAACAUUGA